AUGAAGGCGCACCAAGCAGUCGCGCACGCGCGCCACUUUCCCUCCUUCUCGCUCUGGGGGGUUUUCGUAGUCUUCAUUUUCUUCGGCUCCCUCGCGUCAUCGGCGCCUCUCUCUGGCGCUGAGGAGGCGAGGAAACCGGAGAGCGCCCUGCGACAGAAGGCGACGACGCAGCUAACCCCAUCUGCCACUACUUCUCCGCCUCCUUCUUCUCCUCUUCUGCCUUCUUCUUCUCCGCCUUCUCCUUCCUCCCCGUUUUCUUCUUUUACGGAUUCCGUGGCUUCCGCUUCGCGCAGCAAGUCCAAGAGUCUCUUUGGCAUCGCGUGGAUUUCAGAUCUCCAUCUCGACCCGCUGUACUCGCCCACUGCGCGCGUGAGCGCCUGCUGCCGCGUGCCCGCCUCCGCAGUCUCGCCUGCGGAGAGCGGCUUCGAUCGAGAGAAGGAGAACCAUCCUUCGCAGCCAGGUGGGCGCCAGAGUCUCCCUCGCGAGGAAGCGAGCGGGCGCGCCGACGCGCCGGCGAUGGGUCAGGCCUGGUUUGAGGAGGAAACGAAUCCGAAUAUAGGCCGCGGCGGAUGCGACACGCCGCCGCUUCUCUUCGAGCUGCUUCUGGAGAGCGUCGAGAGGGAGACGCGCGCCAGGGCCUCGCGCCCGACGAAGGAGAGAACUGCAGAUGGCGAGAAGAAGAAGAACCCGGAACUCGCAGGCGCGGAGGCGCGAGGUUUUACGACUGAAACGGAUUUCCCAACCGGCGACGAUGAAGAAUACGAGGCGACGGCGAAGCGAGCCUCAGGCGUGGUUGCAACUUCCACGACAGAGUAUGCGGCUGGGGGAGCGCGGCGCAGAGAGCUGUUUCCUGUAGAGGCGCGAUGGAGCGAAGGGCGCGACGCAGACGAGGUCAACGCAGAGGACGUUUUCGAAAACACAGACGAUACCCCCCUCGAGGCGCUGCUUCUCACUGGCGAUUUCGCCGCACACUACGACGACUCGGACCCAGACAAUAGAAUGUCCGCCAUCCGUGAAGCGACGCAGGCGCUGUUCUCUCGUUUUUCCUCUCGCGCGCCGCCCGCUGCUUCGUCGCUGUUUUCGGCGUCGUCUUCUCUUCGUUUUGAGAAAGAAGAAGAGGCCUCCAGAGGAGGUUCGCAGGCAACUGCGCAGCGGCGGCUGCGCGCGCAGAGAGACUCGAGAGCGCGACGCGGAGGAAAGGGCGGCGCAGCGAAGAAAGCGACGAAGGCGUCACGCGCGGCCUCGCGAAGGGAACAUCACGAGCCGCGCGUCGACGAGGAAGGGGAAAUCCUGACAGACAGCAGUGCAGAAGAACUCCAAGUAGGCAGCGAGGGGGCGAGCGACGCAGGGAGAUCCGCAGACGCCUCCGCCGACCCCGCGUCGCCUUUGCAGAUGAUUUUCGUCGUGGGGAAUAACGACUUGCCUGCGGACUAUCACAUCCCUGACACGCUCAACGCAUGGAGCGUCGCGCUUUACAAACUCUGGAAGCCAAUUCUGCCGGCUGACCCAGAAACGAAAGAAACCUUCGAGCGCGGUUUAUUUUACCGCACACGCCUGGCCGCGCGUCCGCAGCUCCGUGUGCUUUGCUUGAACACAGUUUUUUACUCUCGUCUCGCGUGGGAAGUCGCUCGAGAUCUCCUGCAGAAGACUGGAAUGACUUACGAGAAACGCGGCGAAACCGACAUCUUGGAAGGAUCAGAUCCCGCCGGUCAGUUCGCUUGGAUGGAGAGGGAGCUUCAGGACGCCCGCGACAAUCGGGAGCAGGUUCUGCUCGUUGGCCAUGUGCCACCGGGCGUCACGCUGCACUUUCGGAGCGUGUUGGAACACAUCCAGCAGUGGCGCGACCCUUUCGUUGAGAGGUACCGCGCGCUCGUUCUGCGCUACUCGGACGUAGUCGUCGCGCACCUCUACGGCCACGUCCACGCAGACACGCUGCGCGUCCUGUCCUCGCCGCAGUCUCCUCCCUCCGCUCCCGACUCGCCCUCUGGCUCCGCUGCGUCUGCGGCCUUUGAAGACUCUGCGUCGUCCGCACUUGCCGCGCCUUCGCCGCCCGCGUCGUCGAACGACGGCGGCGCGCUCUGCGACGCCUGGGGACCACAGCCGCUCCAGGCGCUUCUCACGGCGCCGGCGGUGUCGCCAGUUCAUGGAAACAAUCCCGCCUGGCGGGCUCUCUUCUUCGCUGUGCAAGGCGACUCUCGCGGAGCGGCUCGCGGCGCCGCGCGCGUGUUUCUCCGCGACUACGUGCAGUUCUACCUGCCGCUGUACGGCUUCCUCGCGCUGCCUCUGGCGGCGACUCAGCGGCCUCCGCGCCUCGACUUUUCGCGCGAAUACGCGUUUGCCUCCACGUACAGCUUGCCCUGCGUCUCAGGGCGCGCACUGGCGCGUCUCGCCCACGCCUUCGCGGCCUCGCCGCUUCUCUUCGGGCUGUAUACCUGGCACACGGAGUCCGGCGGCAAGGAGGUCUCUAACCGCCUCCGCAUGUGCGAGGCGCGCGUCGGAACCACGCGCGAGUAUCUCCAGUGCCUCACCUCGCUCGGUGGCGGGCAGCCCGCCUAG